GUUUGAGCUUUAUUAUAGAGCAGGAAGGGCUUAAGCGCCCUGGGAAGACAGGUACAAACAAGGAUAUGGGCUGAGAGGAAGUGCUAACUGGGAUGUCACCUUUGGACUCAAAUAUGAAGGAGGGCUCCAUGGACAGUCUGCAUGAGGUGGUGAGGGACGCUGGAGAGACGCAUGUCUCCACCGACUCCAGGAGAUCCAGCAGCUCUGCUGAGCUUCUCAACAGCGCUCGGUGUUCAAGAGCCACGUCUGUGGAUAUUUCACAAAUCAGCUCCACUAAUUCCAAAAAGAAAAAAAGAAGGCCACAGCCGAACUCGACCUCUGAAAACAAUGCCGUGGUCAGGCGCAUGAAGCAAGCUGAUUUCUGUACCAAGAAAGAAAAGCACCAUCACAUGACCUCUACCCAGAGAGAAAACGAGCUUCCUGUGCAGACAGAGGAAAGAGAUGUACCAGGAAUCAUACAGAGGACACAGGAAUCUCAUUAUGGCCGACAUGAGACACGAACAUCAGCCACAACAAAUGCUAACUCACAACUGGCACUAUGGUCAGCUGGAGAUGGACACGUCAUUCCACUUUACCCGGAGAAUUCCAGCCUUUCCAUGAGACCGAGACAGAUCCAUGAGUGCUGGACUAACCCUACAGAGCAUCUCCAGGCCUGGACACCACGCCUGCACAUUUUCCAUCGACCGCUCACUGAGUACCACGCCCAUACUGAGGACUUCAGCUUAAACAGCAUGGCUGAGGGUCGAAGCUGGAAAGCUGGAAUGGUGCGCUCCAUCACCAGCGUUGAUCUGCGUGCCACUGGUAGAUCCACCAGUUUCGGAAAGUUUGACGGCUUCAGGCAACCGCACUCACCUGCCAGGCUUGAGGAAGAUGGAACCAUUCUGCAGGCCGAGGGUGAGUCAGGAGCGGAGAGGAAAGACAAGCAGCACGGUUUGGGGAAAAAGAUGAAGGCCAUCGCGUUGACGAUGAGGAUAGGCAAGAAGCACAUCAAGUCCUGUUCCGAGGAUGCGGGUGACGACACAGACCGACAAACAGAAGGAGGUACAGAAAGCAGCGCUCAGUUGGGGAAAACUCCAAACCACUCGAGUAACUCGUUAGAAAGUCUCUCCAGUGGACAGAGCUCUUCCGGUGCCACGACCGGCAGCUUGGACGUGUCCGGUAACCCAGACAGCCGAGCUGAGGACACGUCCUACACGGGUCCGUUUUGUGGACGAGCCCGAGUGCACACAGACUUCUUCCCCAGUCCGUAUGACACGGACUCGCUCAAGCUCAAGGUCGGCGAUAUUAUCAAUAUCAUAAGCAAACCCCCUAUGGGAAUAUGGACGGGCUUGCUGAACAGUAAAGUAGGAAAUUUCAAGUUCAUCUACGUGGAUGUGCUGCUUGAGAAGGAAAAAAAUGAAGACGAAGGAGAGGAAGAGACUCCACAGAUCAGGCCUCAGAGACUGUCCAAAAGACCUCGACCCAAAACACUGCUGGAGUUACUAGAGCGAUUACAUUUACAGGAAUACAUCUCGACUUUGCUCUUGAACGGCUACCAGUCUGUGGACGAUCUGAAGCACUUGAAGGAGAAGCAUCUGAUUGAGCUGAACAUCGCAGAUCCUGAGCACAGACGCAAACUACUCGCCGCCUCAGAGGUCAUCUAUGACAUGGGCCGGGGCGAGCUGGACGAGACGAAGUGUGAGGAGGACGACGAGGAAGCGAGCGACUGUCCUCGAGACUCGGGCUGUUUCAUCCCAAACGACUGUGCAGACACGAGCAGAGAGGACGCCGAUGUUCACUGACGUCCUUGUUCUCGGAACUGAGCCAUGAGGAUUUGUGACUACUCACAAAUUCAAAUAAUUACACAUUACGUUUGUCUGUGGAUUUGUAGGAAUAGGUUUACUGUGUUAAAAUAUCUGCUGACUUUUGUAUUUAUACAUGACAUACUCAUUUCUUUUUCUGUUGGUCUCUGUAUAUUAAUAUAAACCUACUGUGUAUAUAUAUAUUCCUACUUUUUUUAAUGUUCAGUAAGAGUUAAUAAAUUAUUUCUUUGA